UGUGCUUCUGCCUGCUCAUCUCUGCCACCACACGAUUAGACUAAACAAUAUUUUAUUUAUAGAUAAAACAAAUAAUUCCUCUAGCUAGAAAUUCUCCAUCACGCUUGCCGUCAGUUGUAGUAGAAGUGACUUAAAAGAGGAAUGCUAUUGGUUAAAAACAUUAUAACAGUUGAAAUGGCACGACCAAUUGCAUAUUUGACGCGCAAGGAAUCUAUAUCGUCUUGUCACCGUUUGCACAGUCCGCAUUUAAGCGACGAGGAGAACAAAGCGAUAUAUGGGAAGUGCAAUAACUUCUGGGGACAUGGACACAAUUACACUGUGGAGGUCACUGUUCGUGGUCCAGUUGAUUCCGCAACGGGAAUGGUAAUGAACAUCUCGGAUUUGAAAGUAUAUAUGAAAAACGUUCUCAUGGAUCAACUUGAUCACAAAAAUUUGGAUAAAGAUGUUAACUAUUUCAAAAAUGUUGUAUCAACUACCGAGAACGUUGCUAUUUACAUUUUUAAUGAACUAAAAAAGGAAAUGCCUAAUCCAGAUUUAUUGUAUGAAGUGAAAAUAUUUGAAACUGAUAAAAAUAUUGUGAUUUAUAGAGGAGAAUAAGCAUCAAGUGAAUAGCUCUCUCAGUGUUGAAAGCAUUCCAAUAUUUAUAAUAUGAAUCCAAAAUUAUAUAUACUUGUAAAUAAUUUAAAAUUUCAAUGACCCAUAUAAUUUUAAUAAAGUUAUAUAUAUUUUGACUUUAAUAUGACAAUAAUCACAGAUUGAUACAAUAAACAUAGAAUAUAUAUGAA